AUUUGAAUUAUAGGAAAAAGUAAUGGAUAAAAUAAAAAGAACAAUUAGUGGAAAGCAAGAUGAUGAGGCUGGCAUUGUUGCAGAGACUUCUCCACUAAUGCAGAUAUCUGAUGCAACAACACUUAGCUGGUCAACAAGAAUAAAGUGUUUCAUUGGUUGUUUCUUAUUUGGAAUAUGCUUCUCAAUUCUUGGUGCAUUUCUUUUCUUCAAAAGUUUAAAGCUGUUUGGUGUUUUUUAUACAUUUGGAAACCUCGCAUCUUUAGCAAGUACAUGCUUUUUAAUGGGUCCAUUGAAACAACUUAAAAAUAUGUUCAAGGAAAAAAGAUUGAUUGCUACCAUAGUAAUGCUUGGAGCACUGACUCUAACACUCUGCUCUGCCUUCUGGUGGAAUAAAAAAGGAUUAGUAUUGUUGUUUGUUGUCAUACAGUAUUUUGCAAUGACUUGGUAUUGUUUGUCCUACAUACCUUUUGCCAGAGAUGCUGUAAAGAAGUGCAUUGAAUCUUGUCUUGGUUAAGAUUGACGUCUAGAACUUUAUUUUUAUUAUUUUUUUUUUUUGUUUUUUAUACUAUAUUUUUAUUUAUAAUUGAACUUUAAUUAA